ACUAGACCAACCACUCACUGGGAAAACAAGUGUUGGUGCCAGGGCCUUCUGCGGACUCCCAGACCGCUUUCUCACAGACAGGCCCAUGGACCCAGUACGGAUCGCAGUUGUGGGGGCAGGCGUGGUGGGGCUCUCUACCGCCCUGUGCGUUUCCAAGCUGGUCCCGGGAUGCUCCAUUACAGUCCUGUCAGACAAGUUCUCUCCUGAUACCACGAGCGAUGUGGCAGCCGGCAUGCUUAUCCCUCAUGUCGACGCAGACGCACCCAUUGCCAAGCAGAAGCAGUGGUUUAGAGAGACCUUUGACCACCUCUUUGCAAUUGCCAAUUCUGCAGAAGCUGAAGAUGCUGGUGUUCACCUGGUAUCUGGUUGGCAAAUAUUUCGGAGCGUUCCUACGGAGGAAGUGCCAUUCUGGGCUGAUGUAGUUCUGGGGUUUCGAAAGAUGACCAAGGCUGAGCUGAAGAAAUUCCCCCAGCAUGUGUUUGGUCACGCUUUCACGACUCUGAAAUGUGAAAGCCCUACUUACCUCCCGUGGUUGGAGAAGAGGUUAAAAGGAAGUGGGGUCCCGAUACUCACCCGACGAAUAGGAGACUUGUGGGAACUCCAUCCGUCCUUCGACAUCGUGAUCAACUGCUCAGGCCUUGGAAGCAGACAGCUAGCAGGAGACUCGAAGCUGUUCCCAGUGCGGGGCCAAGUGCUCAGAGUUCAGGCUCCCUGGGUGAAGCAUUUCAUCCGGGACGGGAAUGGGCUGACAUAUAUUUAUCCUGGCAUAGCCAACGUAAUCCUGGGAGGAACGAGGCAGAAAGGAGACUGGAAUCUGUCCCCAGAUGCAGAAAUGAGCAGAGAUAUUUUUUCCCGUUGUUGUGCUCUUGAGCCGUCCCUCCGUGGAGCCUGCCACAUCAGGGAGAAGGUGGGCUUAAGGCCCUUCCGGCCAGGCUUGCGGCUGCAGACAGAGCUCCUCGCCCAGGAUGGUAGGAGGCUGCCCGUGGUCCACCACUACGGCCACGGGAGCGGGGGCAUCUCCGUGCACUGGGGCACUGCUCUGGAGGCCGCCAGGCUGGUGGGGGAGUGUGUCCGAGCCCUCAGGAGCCCCAAGUCAAAGCUGUAGGUCACAUGCAAAUGGCCCCGGAGACUAUGAUCAAAAUACGAUCUAGGCAGCACAACUGAUUCCACUAACUUCUCCAUUGCAUGAAAGUUUAGUUAGUGGUAUCCUUCUUUUCAAAAUGGGAAAUGAUGCAAUAUGAAGCCCUAGUAGCUUUAGGACUAGUUCUAACCUAAUCUAGGACCGAUGCAUAACUAGGCUGAAGUCCAGUUCUAAUGACAUAGGGCACAAAACUAUUUUUGUUAAAAAUACUUGUGGGAGAGUAAGAUUUCUUCUAGAUCCGGUGUUCAAAGCUCUGUGCUAAUUUACACUGAUGCUAGAACGAUAAGGAUUUUGACAUCUUUUGGCUAAUAAAUCCACAGCGAGAGAUGAUGUAUGGAAAACACUUAACUCACUGUUAGUCACAGUUUGCAGGCUGUGCUCAAGGGAGCAUUAUAAUCCCUUUAAAUAAAAUACACGGUGAUCACGCAACACAGGCUUAUUACACUUAAUAGAAGACAAAGCAUGAUUCCUCCAAGUACUAAUGGCAACCUCUUCCUCCUCUCAGCUGGUCAUGGUGGUUAGAAGACAGGGAUGGGGCGGUGGGUGGCUUAGUGGGUUAAGCCUCUGCCUUUGGCUCAGGUCAUGAUCUCAGGGUCCUGGGAUUGAGCCCUGCAUCAGGCUCUCUGCUCAGCAGGGAGCCUGCUUCCCCCUCUCACUCUGCCUGCCUCUCUGCCUACUUGUGAUCUCUCUCUCUGUCAAAUAAAUAAAUAAAAUCUUAAAAAAAAGAAGAAGACAGGGACGAAGUUGCCUAUGGACAGAGCGUCAACUCAGUAACUGUCUGGGGUCAGUCCCCAAGGGCCGUACUCUCCAUUACCACAAGCACUCGCUUGUAGCGUGAUUGACUUUGCCUAAGCGUUUUUGAAGAUUGAGUAGCAAGCAGGUGCAGCCAAAGAGCUAAUUUGCUGAUUAGGAAAGAACAAUCAUUCCGAAUGAAAUAUAUCCAAAGAGUUUUCUGCAAGUUGUUAAAACAAAACAAAAUAAAAAAACCUACCGGGAAUGAGGGAGAAAUGUGUUAUGGUAAAAAUGAGUUUGGGAAUCGCUGAAAUAAAUUGAUCUAACCUGGUUUCCUGA